CACCUGACCCUAAGCAGAGGCAGAGUGGUUAUUUCCUUCGACAUUGAGAGGGGAAGAGAAAAAAGAUGGAUGCCACGCGGAAGCAGCUAUGACGACGUAAGGGAGCUGAAUCGGAAGUACUACGACCGCGAUGUCUGCCUCCUCUACUUGUCUGGCCUUUGCCCUCACGAGCUCUUCCAAAUAACGGAGUGAUUGGUACUAGAUGAUUGUUGCCAGGAAGCAAAUGAAUAUGAAACUGUUCUUGCUCAGGUAAGUAAACACAUAUGGUAGUAUAACUUAUGUUUGCCCAAAUUAAUGUUUUUCUUAGUAAGCUUUGACAGUUCCUCCUGUGGACGUAUCAACAUGUUUAAUUAAGAGGGUAUUUAUUACUUGUGGCUUGGCUUUGAAAGUAUUAGCAUUGUUUUAAAAACUGGUCUGGACUGGCCAGUUGGACCGAUAACAUAAAUAGGUCAGGUGGAUACCUAAAACCGGUAUGGAGGUUGAACCAUUCAAACCAGCAGAACCAUUCAAACCGGUGCAAACUAUCGAACUGUUCAACUGGAUGGUUCAAUGUUUUUGAGAAAAUUUUCUUAGAUUUGCCACCUCCAGGGUUCGAACACAUGAUUUCAAGUAGAUUCUCAAUAACUUUUGCUACUGGAGCAUGACCUUUGAAAUGGGUAUUGUCUGUUUAAAAUUUUAUUUCUUUUAUUUUUAAGAAGAAGGGAAUUGAAAGUAAGGGAAUCAAACUUUCUUCAACUU